CGGAAAGCUAAGAUGAGAUGUAGACUCAUUGGAGAAGGAGCCUUCCCCCGCUCAUCUUGGAGCAUGGCAGUCCUUCACUCAUCCCAGAUGGCCAAGCGGAGAGGAGUCAGCGCAGGAGGUGGCGGACACCCGAGCGGCCGUCUCCCGUCACCGAGCAGGUGCCAGACAAACAAAGGUGCGCCGCUAAUGAGCCGCAAAGACCUGGAAUCUGGCAAGCGCUGAGAAGAGGCUGGAACAGUAACGGGCUGUCAGGGACUCGCUCCGGUCAACGCCCCACGGGGAUCCCCUUACACUCCCAUCGGGGGCCCUCUCCGGGCAGAAGAACCCGAGCAGAAGAGCCCCCCGGAGUAGAGGAACCCUUGCUACGUAGUCCGCCCGCAACUUCCCCUGAGUACCGGGUGCUCGAUCCCUCGCCCGUGACGCCCCCCUGCCGGCCGUACAGGCGCCACAGCUUACAACCGUCGCGCAUCCAGACCGCAUCCGCGCCGACCACUCUGGUCCCACGCAACAAAGUGGGUUUCUCGUCCAUCACCAUCUCCAGCCGGAAAGUCGGCCGCUCGGCGAGUCUCACCGCGUCGGACAGGCCUCCCGGCCGCGGCGCCGACUCUCUGGCCGCCGACGCCAUGGACUCGAGGAAGGCCACCAUCGUCAAAGUGACUGAGCAGAGGACCACCGUCGGCCCCCUGCCCGUGACCCCCAGAAGAAAGGUCGCGAUCAUCAAAGUGACCGAGCAUAAGGAGCGCUACGGUCCGGGGACUCGGUGCACGGACAGCUACGCGACGGACGGCGAGCAAAACGGGACCCGGAAGCACCCGGAAGGACCGACUUAUGUCGAGGCCGUAACAACAGAUCCGGUUCAAAAUGGGGAGCCUGCUCCUGCUGAAGAACCCAAGAGGAAAUGGAGCUUGGGGCUCCCCCGGGAGAACCUCCGGGCGACACCAAAGAACGACCACCAGGAGCCGUUCGCUCCCCGGUGGAGCUCGACUCCGUGCCUCACCCUCAUUCAAACUCCGGACCCUCAGCAGUCUCCGGAGGAAGUCCUGGCCCGGAAUGCGGCCGCCAUCAUCGCGAACAUCAGACUCCGAAGGCAGCUCGGUAAGAAGAAAGCGCCGCGCUGCAAUUCGGAGGGGGAAUCCGCCGCCGCCUCCCCGCAGGGAAACGCAGCGGCGGACGAAGGAAAAUGCGCAGAGCUGAAUAGCGACGUUCCGAACCGGCUUGACCCUCGUGCGGGACUGGCCCCGCCCGCUCCCGACCUUCAAACAUCGCGUCGCGCUAUUUCCCUCCAGGAAGCUCUGCAGAGGUCCAGACCACGCUUCAUCGCUCGCUCCCAGGAACGCGUGCAGAAGGUGGGGCGGCGGGCGCAGGAGAGGAGGGGGCGCCUCAGAGCGGGAGGCCCGCAGAGCCUCGCCGCUCGCAGGCCAGCGGACGCUCAACGCCACGCCCGCGCCACCAACGCUGAUCUGUUGAAAUCCAGACAGGGAGCCAAGGGGUUUAUGUCCAAUCGGCCGCUAACAGACGUGGCGAGGCGAAAGGAGGAAGAGAAGAAGAAGAAGGAGGAGGAGGCCUGUUUGACCAAUAGACAGCGAGUGGAGCUUUUCAAAAAGAAACUGUUGGAUCAGAUUCUUCACAGGAGCAGCAAGUGAAUGGCGGACGACGGCAUUGUGUCCUAUGCAUGUAACUUAUUGUAUCAGUG